CUUGCUUGCUCUCGGACCUUUCCUCCCUAAUACGAUGGAGACGGCGCUGAACAGCGCCGCGACGGCGCACGCACUCGGGCUCGUCCGGCACGGCCGCCUCACCGCGCGCGGCGCGCCCGCGAGCCUCGACACCCUCAACGGCGACUGGGAGCGUUGCCCGCGCUCACCCUACGUGGAGGAGCGCCCGCACUACGUCAAGCGGGGCGCCAACGCAAAGGGCGCCGCCUUCGAAAUGCACCUGUUUUACAGCCACGGCCACUGGUACGUGACGCCCUCGGCCACCCACGGCGGCGUCGUGCUGUGCGGCGCCCGCUCCGACUCGCUCUCGCCGACGACGGUGGACGCCAAGCAGUGGCACCAGCCGACGGCGGCGGGCGGAGCAGCGCCGAUGCCCGAGUUCGAGUUCACGUGCGACGGGCCCAACACCGAGGAGGAGCCCUUCCUCAUGGAGGCGCGCCACCGCCCUGCACCCAAACCAAAAACGACUUACCCGUCCCGCCUCCUUGAGCUCGGGCGUGACUUUUUCCUCCGCGGGACCAAGCGGCUCGGCGCGCGGCACGUCGUCUGGUUCAAGUGCCCCGCGACGGGCGAGACCUACCACUCGGCCGCCAAGCCGGGCGGCUCCGGCGGCCGCGCCAAGCCGGGGAAGCGGUACUGCCACCUCUGCAACAAGUGCUUCUCGGCAAACAACUUUUCGCACCAGCACCUCGCCAACCUGCACCGCCCGGGCAAGAUCGACGGCCUGCGGCUGCAGCAAGACGCCGACGGCACCAUCCGCCUCGCGUGGGCGGUGCCGCCCGACAACGGGCUCCGCGUCACGCACUACACGCUCACGUGCUCGGCGGACGGCGGCGCGUCGUGGCACGAGUGCAUGGAGUCGGCGGUGCCGAACGCGUCGAUCGGGGCGUCGCUCCUGCGCGACGGCAUGGGCUACUCCUUCCGCGUCGCCGGCUCGCUCGGCGGCGGCAACCUGAACGCGUUCGCCCAGCCCUCGCCCCCGGCGGCGGCGGCGGCGGCCCCCGCCGCGCAGCCGCAGCUGUCCUCCUCCAAGCGCAAGCGCGAGCGGCGCGGCGGCGGCUUCUGGUCCCGCCCGCCGCCGCUGCCGGAGGCGUUCGCCGUUGCGGCGCCGGUCGACGCCCCUUCCGGCACCUACAUCGCCGGCCUUCCAAUCUCGCCCGCAAAGCCCCUGAGCGGCGACGCCGUGCGGCAGUUUGUCGCUGGCACCUUCCCGGUCGGGUCGCCAGUGCACGCGGCCGCCGUCGCCGGCGUCCCCCCCUCGCCCGGCUUCAAGCUCUCCGCCUUCGAGUCGGAGCUCGGCUUCUCGCUCGCAGACAUCUCCCAGUGCGGUGCCAACGAGGCAGACGCGCCGGGGGUGCCCAUCGCGCACUCGACUCUCGAGCACACGCCGCCCGCGCCGGCCGCGUCCACGCUCGUGCCGUCGCCCGCCGCCGCGCCUGUCGCCGCCGCCGCCGUCCCCACCGCUGCGCCUGCCGCCGCCUUUGGCGCCGCUGCGCCGCGGCCUCGGCCGGCGCCGCUGCAGCCGCCUCCGCGAUCGGUGCUGGCGUCGCAGUCGGAGAUGUCGUCGCCCAUGCGCUCGCCGCCGACCGCCAUCGCGUCGCCGCCCGGCGGCGUCCGCGCCGGCCUCUCUUGGGAGCCGUGGGUCAUGUCGGACCACUCGCUGAUGGACACCGGCGACCUCGAGCGGCUGCUCGCCUCGCCGGCGUCGCCCGCCGGCCGCCCCGUGUACCGCAAGGCUGCGUUCGGCGACGCGCCGGGCGAUGAGUGCAACGGCCUCAUCUCCCUCGAGGCGGUGCCGUGCGGCGGGCCGCCCUCGGCCCCUCCCUCCGCCCCCUCCUCAUACGACAACCUGAGUGCCAGCCCCGCCGCCGUCGAGCCCAGCAAGGGCGCGAACGGAGGGGCCGAUGGCGCAGCCUGCGCGGCGGAGCGUGGCCACGAGAGGAGAUCCCGCAACCUCUCCUCGCUGCUGCGCAGCGUCUCCCUCGCCGCCGCCAGCGCCGCCGCCAGCACGUUCGGCGCCGAGCCGGUGGCCGAGGCGGCGCGCGGCUCCUCGCACGUCAGCCUCGGCGGCGCCAAGAAGAUCAAGCCCGCGCCGGGGUCCGCGCGCUGGCCGUGGGGCCGCCGCUCCUCCUCCGCCUCCGCGUGAGGGUCUCAGCCAGUCGCCCGCUCGACGCCGUUCGCCGGGCGCCACUGGUGGCGCCGGGCUCUGUGGGCGUCGCGGCCUUUCAGCCGUCGCUCGCACUCCCCCCAACUAACCCAUACUUGCCGACCUGUCCCAUGCGUUCAUUAGUGAGCCGGCGGCCCGCCGUAGCUGGCCUGGCUGCUGCAGCCGAGAGCACAAAACUGUCGAUGACUCUGUGCUGUGGCCUGUGCAUUUGCUGCUGCUCUCUCUCCAUGUCCAGAUUGAGCGAGAGGGCGAAUCCGCACACCGGGUCAAGGGAAUCUACACUGUCCAUAGGUAUUUAUUGAUGAUUAACUUGACCUGUCAGAAGAAAC